CUGGAUCAUUUCUAACAUCAACGUCCAGACGACGACUGUCCAACGACGAGCAGCGUCGCGCUCGCGCCUCCCCCCGUUGGGUACAUAACUUUGCUACUUAGCAUGGCAAGAGCAAGAGCGAAAUGGAUUUUUGGUACUCAGCAAACCCCGUCCCAAAGAGACAGCUCGAAGCCCAUACCUAUUCCGACGACAUGCUCUGCCGAUGGCAAGAAAUUUGGCCUGGAGAACCAUUCUGUGGGAUACCACUUACGACAUCAUUGCAGUUAUGCCAACUCGGUAGUGCAGGCUCUGUACUUCUGCACUCCCUUCAGAGACCUUCUCUUGCAGUCAGAGGAGCAUUCCGUCGCCCAAGGAUCCCAGGACGCUCUCUCCGGAUCCCCGGCUCUUGUACCAGUUCGUCGACCCUCCGUGUCUGGCAGCGCAGACCACCCGAUCGCGAACGGAAUUCAUCCGCACGAAUCUCAUACCAUUCCUUCUUCUCCCCCUACCCUUUUCUCCGCACUCCGUUCGCUUUAUUUUUACAUCUCCACCAAUCCAUCCGACAGCGGUACCGCAACUGAUAUAUUUCGUUCUACUAUGCAUCAGGAUGCACACGAAUUUCUUAAUUAUCUCCUUAAUAAGAUCGUAGAGGAAAUAGAAGAGGAGAAGAAAUUGCAGAACGACGCUAUGGGUGAAGACUUGUCCAACUCGGUCGCCACCUUAUCAUCAAAAUCACCCCCUACAAUUAUAACCGCCACUACGAGCUCUAAUUCUGGUACAUCACCGCAAGAUGCAACUUUAGUUCAUAAGCUUUUCGAAGGUGUUUUGACUAGCGAAACCCGUUGCCUCACCUGCGAAACGGUUUCGGCCCGCGACGAGUCCUUUCUGGAUCUUUCAAUUGAUAUUGAGCAGAACUCCAGUGUCACUGCAUGUUUACGCCAAUUUAGCGCCAGCGAAAUGCUCUGUCAGAAGAACAAGUUUUUCUGCGACGCUUGUUGUGACCUGCAGGAGGCGGAGAAACGAAUGAAGAUCAAGAAACUACCCAAUGUCUUGGCUUUGCACUUGAAGCGGUUCAAGUAUCAAGAGGACCUGCAAAAGUACAUCAAGCUAGCCUAUCGGGUAGCUUUUCCCAUCGAACUUCGGCUGUUCAAUACUGUUGACGACACGGAGGACGCGGACCGACUGUACAACCUAUUUGGAAUUGUUGUACACAUUGGAACCGGCCCACAUCAUGGACACUACAUCUCCAUCAUCAAGACUGGCGGGUCAUGGCUUGUUUUUGAUGACGAUAAUGUCUACCCAUUACCCGAAGGCGAUAUCUCCAAGUACUUUGGGGAUUCCCCCGCUGGCUCCGCCUACGUACUCUAUUAUCAGGCUGCCGACAUCGAUUUGCCGGCCCUUGGACUACGUAACCCCUCACCAGCGCCGCCUGAGAUAUCCGAACAAGCGCUCUCUCCGACUGGACUUGCGGAAGAAGGUGACUCUUCAGACAUCAGCGAUCCGCCUUUUCCAAUUACGCCGUCGCAAUCCUCAUCACCUUCACUCCAUCCAACCGAUAAGAAAUCAUCUCGACAAACGCUUGAUGUCAAGAUUCCGGUAUUGGACGAAGCUUCGUCCCCACCCAACCCGUCCAUUGCAUCCUCUCCUGCGAUUACGCCCACUACCUCCAGUAAUACCCGGAGCAAGGGGUUCUUUACUAGACGCAGACCCUCAACGUCAGCGGGGGCCUUGCACGGGCCGGAUUUCCGCCAGUCUUCCGAGAGGUUCACUGCGCCUUCGUCGUUACUUUCUACGGCAAGCUCGGACGAGCCGAAUCACAAAGCGCCAACACCACCACCUUUACCAACAAGUCCGGAUCCUGGUGUGAACGUUCCUGAAAACGGACAUCAUGACCAUCCGCAUCCUCACCCCGAGCGUAAACCAAGUACAUGGUUUAAACGGAAGUCGUUUAGAUUGGGAGAUAAGUCGCGACCAGCCAGCCAGGCUGGACUGCCUCAAAUUCCUCAAUCUCCGACAGUUCCCUCGAGCUCAAAGGAAGAAGGUUCUUCACAGUGGUUCAAGACCUCAGGCCCCCCGUCGCCUCAAGAGAGGAGGCGGCGUCCAUCGGAACCUGGCAUGUUCGAUGCGUCCGCAUUUCAUAAUCUAAGUUCAACGUCACGUCCGAAGACUUCGGGUGGUAGCCUUAGUGUCAACGCUAACCACCAUCAUAGGCAUAUUCAUGAUUAUGAGAGUUCCUCGCCUGUGUCUCCAUCAUCUUCUCUAGGCUCAAACUCACAUCUUCUACCUCCUCUCCCUGCGACUCCAUCAUCCCAUGCGCCAUCCUCCUCUUCGCCUUCAUCUCCUUCGCGGAAGUCUCUGGAAAAACAUUCUUCGCCGACCAAGGCCCCUGAGCACAAGAAGUCGUUGUCAAGUUUGAUCCAUCAUAAGGACAAAGCACGAGAUCACUCCUCACUGCGCGCUUCGCCCCCUCCGCGACCUUCCACUGCUAUCGGCAACGGCCAUGCGACUUCACUGCGGCAACUACCCCCUGUUCCUCCUCUACCCAAUGGUCAUGCCUCAGUCGAUCAUGUUGUAAUGACCAAUGACAAAGGCAAGAUGAAGUCGGAACAUCCUGAUACCGAUGAACACCCUAAUGGAUGGGGUACGUUCCCUGAUGCGAACCAUAGUUCUGUCAGCACAUCCAGUAGCAGUAACGCCAGCUCGCAUUGGAAGCGAACAAGUAGGAAGCUGAGUCUCGCUGUGCCCCUCCUUCAUUUCGGCAGGAAGAAAGAGAAGGAUAAAGAUAAGGACCGAGACAGGGAUAAGGAAGGCAAGGGCGCUCCAAGCUCGUUCCCUCAUUUUUCUAUGCCCUCGAAACACUGAUCGUGUGUACAAUUUCAAGGCAGGAUGGACGGUUCUUUAUUUUUCUUUGUAACAUUUCAUCCGUGAGUAGGUGGGUGCCGGCGUAUGGCCAUCUAUCGUCCUUUGAUGUCGACCGUGUAUUGCUUUGUUUCGUUAGUCCCCGUCAGGGUGACUGAUACACUAAUCCAGUAUUCCUACUAUUACUACAUACCACAAAUGCAGUUGUAUAAUAUCAAUACCAUUACUCCUCAGCUCUUUAGGGCUAAUUCGAGACUACUUUGCGACUGUCGCUGAUAGCAGCUGCCAACUGUCUUCUAACCGCAACGUUAUAAAGAUACAUCUCACUGCAGGUAGUCUGGGACCAUAGACUCUUCUUAGGAAUCACCCAAUUUUUGUAUUCUUCCAUAAAUCUGGG